AGCCACUCCGCAUUCAACACAAGCAAUCGAUUACGUGAAGCUAGCGUCAGUUUUUACAAGUAAUCAGAAUCGCUCGAGUUGCCCAGCAGAGUCAGUUUGAAAUACUACUUGCAGCGCACACGUCACAACAAGAUGAUCGAGAAACGACAAUGCAUUUACGCUAUGCGCCGUAAGAAAGCGAGGGAGCUACGUUCCGAGGUGCGCAAGCUGGAGUUCCAGAUAGCGAUGCUCAAGUCGCCGGUCGUAGCGACGUCGGACAAAAAACUUCGAAAAGCAACAGCAGAACAAGCAGAGCUGCUAGCCAUUGGUCGUAACAAUCAACUUCAGGUCGCCAAGGCACAGUCUGCCAUCUCCGGUUGCAUGGGUGAUUACGAUUCAUAUCCACUGCAUUCCAAAAUUCGCCUCAGUGAUGAUUGGGAUCAGCGACGUGCGACUCUUUUGUCGAUCAGAGAGGAGAAGUUGCGUGCGGCAUACGACUUUGUGAUGGAUCCAACCGGACUUCUUGAUGAUGAAGGAACAAGAUACGCGGACGAGAUGUUCGAGACGGACGACGGGGAUUGGUGCUGUAUUCGCUUUGAGACUAUCCAGUUCCCCAAUGUGGAGUCCAUUGAGCAAGUGUUUGAUGCCGUCAUGAGUUACUUUAAAAACACUGAGCUCCUCAUCUCGGAAAGGCCGGGGAACUUUGCGGUACGGGACGAUUAUGAAUGUCUUGAGGGUGGGAUCACGAACUCGCGAGUGAUCGCAACAAACAGCACUGGUAUCACAAUGGAAGCGAGUACCCUAGUCAUCUCCCAGCUUUUGAACGAAGGAGACGCGCGAUUUGGCGGCGAGCAGAUUGGAAUCAUUGCCAUCGAUUCUGUGGACGAAGAUAAACUCUUCCCUUGGGUUUCAACCGAGCGCGUGCGGCAGGAUGGGACGGGUGCAAUCGUGUUGACUGCGUCUAGAUCUUGCGACGCAUCUGAUGGUUCGAGUUCAACGGGAUCCACGUCGUCGGAAGAAGACAAUGAGGUGACAGUGACUAUGAGAAGAGCGACUUACGUCAAGCUGUACCAACCCGACUUUCCGUUGUCAGAGGAGGAGCAACAAGAUCUGCGCGAUGGGUUUACGCGUGCGGGAGAAUUCAUGAGAAAAGCUAUUCGAAGAAUCGUGUACAACCAGCACUAAACAACGUUUAGUUCAUUUCGGAUCAUGCUCGUUCUAAUUUUCUUGUCAAGGAGAGAAUCGAUUUUGAAUGCUUUAAGCGAAGCUCAAACAAUCUAUGCAGCUGACCACGCAGUAAUUCGCAGCAACUUCAAACCCGUGCUUGCAGAACAAUUAGUAUAGCACCAUCGCUUGUUCUAAUG